UUGAAUGACAUUCAGCUUGAGAGCACGUGGUGAAAAAAUGGCGGAUAGCAAACAAGACAGUGUCAAUGAUAAAGUUAGCAGUUUUACAAGCAGCUCAGAGCCUAAGUUGAUGAAUUCCCGUGUUUUCAUGGGGAACUUUCCUGCCGAUGCAAUGGCCAGACAGGAGGUCGAGGAGUUGUUUAAGGAGCAUGGAAAGAUCCUAGGCAUAUCCUUGCACAAAACAUAUGGCUUUGUGCAGUAUGAUCGAGUGGAAGAUGCUAAGGCAGCAGUGGCAGCAUGGAAUGGCAAAAAGCUGAAAGGGCGAGUUCUGGAUGUUAACUUAGCCACAGAAAGACGAAAGGAUUCCGAUAGUAAUUCUGAAACAAAGCGUCCCCGAGAUCGAGAUAGGGACAGGGACAGGGACAGAGACAGAGACAAGGACAGAGACUUUCCCCGGAGACGUCAAGGCAGCUUUGACAGUGGGAGACAUGAAAAAUCAAGGUGGGUUCCCCCCAGACGGUCCCCCUCUCCUGGUAGGUUUGAGCAUGAGAUGCGAAUGAGGUUCAUGGAGAUAGAUCGAAUGAGAAUGGCACCUAGACUCAGACCCCCUUUACCACCACCAAUAAUGGACCCACACUUCCUUCAUGAUAUUCCUAUGCGUAAUCCUUACCACCGGCCACGCGAUGAUCCCUUUGACGGUCAUCGUGGGCAUCGCGAAGAGUGGCUACCACCACCUAUGCGUGAUCUACCCCCUCGGCCGUUCCCCCGUUCCCCUCCCCUUCGACCCCGUGAGCCUCUGCCCCCUGACUGGGAGGAUUAUGGUCACCCAAGAGAAGAGAGAAGACCACUACCUCCUGUACCGCCACGGCUGCCCUCACCACCCCCGAGGCCACAAGAGGACAAUAGGCCUCCCGACAUGCUGAUUAUUGUUGUUAAUAAGCUACAAAAGGACUAUGCUGAGCAUGUGAGGAACCUUUUCCAGGGACUACGUCUCUGCAUCGAGGGGCUUCAACUUAGUCCCACCAUGUCGCUAGCGGAUGCUCUAGACGAGGCUGCUCAGAGAGGCCUCCUUUAUGUGGUCAUCCUUUCCACUCAGAAUGAGAUGCACCGCUCGGUUACACUCACUAUAUUGCACGGCAGGAACCCACAGGAACACAAGAAUAUGCCUUUGGAUGAUGCCUUAGGGCUAGUAGACAAAGAUUAUGAGCGCUAUUGCCUAGACGUUCGUCAGGGGCAUAUUCCAGCUCGUACUGCAAGACCAGCAAAGGCAGACGUGUCUUCACUGCUCGGUAAAAUGGCAUCUGGUGAACAGCUUCGACCAGAGCAAAUUGACAUGGUCAUUAAUACUCUUCAGAGACAGAAAGAAGCCAGUGUCAAUGAAAUACAUUCUCCUCGUCAAAACACCACCAGCAUGAUUCGACGACCCGAAGCUCCAUCGGCCUCCAAAGAGAGCAUUGAAAGUCAGCAAGCUGAUCUCCAAGCCAAGAUACUCAGUCUCCUCGGCUCAAGUGCUGUUGUGCCCACUCUAUCCAAUAAUCAAAGCCGCCUGCCGCAGAGGCCCACUAGGGGUGGUGGUGAAUACUCCCAAUUUACACACCCUCCAAGGCCAACUGGCGGCUAUGCAAGACCUGGUCCUGGGUGGUAGCACUGGAACUGGAUUCGUAUAUUGCUUCUCUCGUUGCUUACAGUGAAUCAUUAAACGUUGUUAAGAAUAGAGUUGAGAAUAUUAUUGUGUUCCUGUGAACAAAAUACUUUGUGCAUGAUUGUAUUCAUAAUUAUAAUUGACCCACUA